AUGGAUGAAGCGGUUUUCCAUCCGUUCACGUCCACCAACUCCUCAAAACCAUCACCUCCACCUUCAAAACCCCAAAAACCACCAACCCGUCGAAACCGACCCCCAGGUACCCCAACCCCUCGAAACCGUCCCCCAGGUCCCCCGACCCGCCAAAACGUCCCCCCAGCUCCCCAACCGUUCAACCCGACCCCCAGCCUUACUCGCGACUCCAGCAGUAACCUCAAUCUCGCCGUGACCGCCAUCCAACACGCGCACCAGUCGUCUUCGUCGCGCCGUCAGUCCGCCAGCCAGCGCGAAGGUCGCCGCACACCCGAACCACGCUCACAAGAUCUGCCCCAGCCGUCCAAAUCGCCAGCCACACUUCCCGAAAACCCCAAAGGGGUGACGUUUCCACCCGUCCGCGUCGAUCCCGACGCUCUCCGCCGGCGUCCCGACGCACCCGGCCUCCCUGGGCCGCCCGGAAGGAACAUGUGCACCUCCGCCGCCUGA